CUCGUGAUGCUGCAUCAAACAUCGUGCGUGUGAUUCGUCGACUGUCGUACUUUUUUCAAAGACCCAGCAUUUAUACACGCGGCGCGCCAUUCUACAUCAACUACGUACCAAGAACCAACCCAGAUCAUCCGAUUCUUUUCCGAUCUCCCGAUUGCUGGAAUCAACCGUCGGCCGAUCGCGUUGCACGCAUGGAUGUUAAAGACCCUUGUUGUUCCACCCAUCUCAUUGAUGGGGAUGGCACUUUCAAUGUUGUUGGCGUUGAGAAUUUCAUGAAGGAAGUCAGGCUCGGUGAAUGUGGGCUUUCUUAUGCUGUUGUAGCUAUCAUGGGCCCUCAGAGUAGUGGGAAGAGUACGUUGUUGAAUAAUCUCUUUGGUACUAAUUUCAGAGAGAUGGAUGCUUUUAGGGGGAGGUCUCAAACCACAAAGGGCAUAUGGCUGGCACACUGUGUUGGAAUUGAACCUUGUACUCUUGUAAUGGAUUUAGAGGGUACUGAUGGAAGAGAAAGAGGAGAGGAUGAUACUACAUUUGAAAAGCAGAGUGCUCUUUUUGCCCUUGCUGUUUCUGAUAUAGUGCUGAUAAAUAUGUGGUGCCAUGAUAUUGGACGUGAACAGGCUGCAAACAAACCUCUUUUAAAAACUGUAUUUCAGGUCAUGUUGAGAUUAUUCAGUCCUCGCAAGACUACUUUGAUGUUUGUUAUUCGUGAUAAAACACGGACACCUUUAGAAAACUUGGAGCCAGUUUUAAGGGAAGAUAUUAAUAAGAUAUGGGAUUCUGUUCCUAAGCCGCAAGCUCACAAGGAAACUCAAUUAAGUGAAUUUUUCAAUGUAGAAGUUGUGGCCCUAUCAAGUUAUGAAGAGAAGGAAGAACAAUUCAAAGAACAGGUGGCUAGUCUAAGACAAAGAUUUUUUAAUUCAAUUGCACCUGGUGGGCUUGCUGGGGAUAGGAGCGGUGUAGUCCCUGCGUCAGGCUUUUCGUUCAGUGCACAAGAAAUAUGGAAGGUCAUUAAGGAGAAUAAGGACCUUGAUCUUCCUGCACACAAGGUCAUGGUUGCUACUGUACGCUGUGAAGAGAUUGCUAAUGAAAAGUUUUCUUCUUUUAGUGCAAAUGAGGAAUGGUGUCAAAUUGAAGAGACUGUACAAUCUGAACCCGUGCUUGGGUUUGGGAAAAAGCUCACAUCCAUUCUUGAUGUUUGUCUAUCAGGGUAUGAUGCAGAGGCAACAUAUUUUGAUGAGGGCGUUAGAUCUUCGAAGCGAAAACAGUUGGAGGAGAAACUUUUGCAACUUAUCCAACCAGCACACCAAUCCAUGUUGGGACACAUUCGCUCUGGAACCUUUGGUAGAUUUAAAGAAGCAUUUGACAGCGCCUUGACUGGGGGAAAAGGGUUUACUGAGGCUGCAUGUGAUUGCACUGAACUCUUCAUGGCUCAGUUUGAUCAAGCAUCUGCAGAUGCGGACAUCAAACAGGCGAAUUGGGACACUUCUAAAGUAAGAGAUAAGCUUAGACGAGAUCUAGAUGAGCAUAUUGCUGCAGUUCGUGCUGCCAAGCUUUCUGAGCUUACAGCCAUGUAUGAGAAAAAAUUGUCUGAUGCAUUAGCUGGACCUGUAGAGGCUUUGUUAGAUGAAGCUAAUGAUGAUACAUGGCCAGCAAUAAGGAAACUUCUACACCGUGAAACUCGAGUGGCUGUUAGUGGGUUUUCUGAUGCUCUUUCUGGUUUUGAGAUGGAUGAUGUAACAAAAGAAAAAAUGAUUUCAAGGUUGGAAGAAUAUGCGCGAGGAGUGGUAGAAGCAAAAACGAGAGAAGAGGCUGGAAGAGUUUUGCUCCGUAUGAAAGACAGGUUUUCUACAUUGUUCAGUCGUGAUUCUGAUUCAAUGCCACGUGUCUGGACUGGGAACGAAGACAUUCGUGCCAUUACAAAAACUGCUCGCUCUUCUUCUUUGAAGCUACUUUCUGUUAUGGCUGUGGUCCGCCUGGAUGACGUUGCUGAUUCUGUAGAGAAUAAAUUGGCCCUUUCUCUUAUUGAUCCUAAAAGUGGUGCAGCUAGCAAUAGGGGCAUUUCAGGGGACCCGCUUGCUUCAAGCAGUUGGGAUGAGAUCCCGUCAUCAAAAACCUUGCUUACGCCAGUGCAAUGUAAAUCUUUGUGGAGGCAAUUUCAAACAGAGACUGAGUAUACUGUUAGUCAAGCCAUUGCUGCUCAGGAGGCCAGCAGACGAAACAACAACUGGCUGCCUCCUCCAUGGGCAAUUGUCGCGUUACUUGUUUUGGGUUUUAACGAAUUUAUGACCCUUUUGAGAAAUCCUUUGCUAUUGGGCGUCAUUUUUAUCGGUUUUCUUCUUGUAAAAGCCCUCUGGGUGCAAUUAGAUAUCUCCGGUGAAUUUCGCAAUGGAGCUCUACCCGGGAUCCUAUCAAUCUCCACCAAAUUCCUACCUACCGUGAUGAACCUUCUUCGAAAACUAGCGGAGGAAGGACAAAGUCGUGCGACCACCAGUCCUCCAGCUCAAGCAAGAACCUCACAAAGCGGUACAAACGACUACUCUGACAUGUCAUCCAGCGCGUCGUCUGCAAUAACUUCUUCAGAGAACGGUACAGACUACUCCAGCCCCUCGACUAAAUCUAAAUCACAGUAAACCACCGGUUUGCGGUUCGACAAUAGUCCACUACUCCUGAUUCUUUGAAGCAAAAGACCUCACCUGACUUAUGGUUUUCUGGGAUUAAUAUCUUCUAUGUAUUACUCUGUUUAUUGCCACAUUAAAAGUUGCCAUUUUUUCCCCUGUAGUCCUAAUUUAUCUAUCUAUCAGGGAUUUUGCUUGCCUGGCCUGUGAUUGUCGUGAUAAUUUUAUUUUAAAUAAUAUUUUGAUAUAAUAUUUUUGUAAAAACAAAUAACAAAUUUUCGUUGCAUAUUGUUCGAAUUGAAUAGUGAAAAAGAUUGGUUUGAGGAA